CACAAGCUAAACUAUGUAAAUUUUUGCUGAAGCACCUUUUAUUUUAUUUUUUUCAUUGAAGAUCUAGUGAUGCAAAAUUUGGGCCCAACUGCAUAUAUUAAAUCCGUUUUGUCCAACUUUAAUUAGCGUAACUGGUUCGCCUAUUCCCCAUUUUAUUGCUUUUGCCCCACUUCGCUCGCUUGAAGUCGCGCAUUUGAACAUAAUAUGCGAUCAGCGUAUUCUAUGAGACAACAGCUCUAUGAGGCGUUCUAUCGAACAGUUGGCGAAGUUCAUCGCCGUCCUUGUUAUCUGCAAACUCUUCCAGCAUUCUACUCAUGGUAACAUCUAAUUCAAUACUAGAGUCGAAAGUGCGUGAACCAUUUGAUGCUUUGGAUUGUCAGCAUUAGAGAGUUGGAAAUUAGAAGUUUCGGAGAGCAAUGGGUCUGAGUAACAGAUUUAUGCCCAUAAAGCGGUUGUUGAGAUCCUCUACUGCAAACCUUACUAGAGUGGUAGCUGUUAGAGGUUUUGCUGGGCUGAAUGAGAAAAGGGUUGCAUCCAAAGGUCCUCUGAUCGAAGGGGUUAAGGAUAUUAUAGCUGUCGCUUCUGGAAAAGGUGGUGUUGGAAAGUCUACUACUGCUGUUAAUUUGGCCGUUGCUCUUGCUAACACUUGCCAAAAGAAGGUGGGCUUGCUUGAUGCUGAUGUCUAUGGGCCGUCUAUCCCUACAAUGAUGAAAGUCAAUGGAAAGCCAGAACUGAGUGAUGAUUUAAGGAUGGUUCCCAUUGAAAAUCAUGGAGUUAAGUGUAUGUCGAUCGGAUUUCUUGUAGAGAAGGAUGCCCCAAUUGUGUGGAGAGGUCCUAUGGUAAUGAGUGCUCUUGAAAAAUUGACGAGGGGAGCUGAUUGGGGAAAGCUUGAUAUUCUUGUUGUGGAUAUGCCUCCUGGAACUGGAGAUGCCCAGCUAUCUAUUUCUCAGAGGCUACAAUUAUCAGGUGCUCUGAUCGUCUCAACUCCUCAAGAUGUUGCACUAAUAGAUGCCAGGAGAGGAGCAAAUAUGUUUCGUAAAGUUCAAGUCCCUAUUUUGGGACUGAUAGAGAACAUGAGCUGCUUUAGAUGUCCACAUUGUGGUGAAAAAUCAGACAUUUUCGGUAGUGGAGGAGCACGUAGAACUGCUGAUGAGAUGGACAUGGAAUUCCUUGGCGAGAUACCUCUUGAAGUGGAGAUUAGAAGAAGCUCAGAUGAAGGGAGUCCCAUAGUAAUACAGUCACCAGAUUCUGCAGUCUCCAAAGCAUAUAAUGAUGUAGCUCACAAAGUUGUUUACAGAUUAGAAGAGUUGGCAAAGGGACGAAAAGACGGUCCAGAGAUUUUCUUGUGAAACCAUGGAAGAAAUUCAGAGUCCAGCCUAUCUCCAGGAUUACUGACUUACAAAUGACUUGAAAUUUUCUUGAUUGUAUAAAAAGAAUUUACAGAGCAAUUCCAUCAGGAGGAAAAUUUUAUCUGUUUUAAGCAUUAUUUGUAUCUCAAUUUUGUGAUUGUGUUAUUCAUCUUCAAGCAUUGAUCUGGCAGUAUCCUUGUCCUAGUAGUA